GCGGUCAGUUAUACUACUCACUGGUUAGUGAUCGGUUCGUGUAACAAUGUUUUCAGUAUUUGUUUGAAGAUAAACAUCUCUGCCUAUUUAGAUAAAUUAUUAUAGAUAUUGAUUUCGUGUAGUGUAAAGGCACAUAUAUGAAAUAUGUUUGUAUUGCCUGCGUAAUUGUUUUGUAAAUGUAAAUCAGUUAAAGUUAUACUUCUUACUUGAUAAGAUUAUUGAACAGAAAUCGGGUUUCCAGAAAAUGGCGUCGUACUUGCAAUCGUCAGCAAAAAUGUUGAUGUUCUAUAUAAUGCUUUUCAGUAUUACUUAUGCUACCCACGAUUUAGCGUAUCCAAUUUCAAGAACAUUACGACUGACCCGGAAGACACGUCAGGUGAAUGCUAUCAGCACUUCGCACAUAGACAACAAACGUCCUACAACAAUACAAGAGGGCCUUGAAGAGUUGGCUACCCAUGCCACUGACAUGUCAACAAAAAUUGACAUCUUGAAAAAUGCAUUCAAACAACAAUGUCCAAUAUAUCAGAUGAGCCAAUUUUCCACGGAAUAUUUUUUAUCUCCCACGACUUAUAUUCAUUCAGAUAUAAAAGAAAUCGGUGCAGAUGUCAACGCCAUUGAUGCCGCAGGAGACACUCCCUUGACGUUAUCAAUGCUUGGCAAUCACAUCAACGCCUCCUUUUAUCUCCUGUCCAACGGUGCAUCGCCUAAUACGAAAUACGAAAACGGCGAUACGCUGCUGCUGAGAGCUUUGAAAGACAAUCGCUUGGACAUGGCAAACAAAUUACUCAAUUACGGAGCAUCUAUAUCACUAAAAGGCAAAACAGGGGAAUCUCCUCUGACUCUCAUCGCAGAAAAAGGUGACACUGAAAUAUUGCGGACCAUGCUGAACUAUGCGAAGCCGAGCGAUACACAAGAACUAGUUCGAGCUUUACAAGUGGCCAAAGAUGGAGUAGUGGUAUGGGUUUUCGCCGAUACGGUGCCGUAUCUGUUUCUGGGGCAGCCUGGAGAGAACGCUCUCUUGCAGUCAACAAAGCGAUGCCAAGAGAGAGGUGGCUGAACAAGACAAAACAUUUAGAAAUGGCAGACGAAGAUGGAAUGACGCCUUUAUUCCGAGCAUUAAAAAACAGAAAUGCUGAGAAAACCGAAGAAUUACUGAAAGCAGGAGCACAUCCUAAUAGAAAAUCCUUAAAUGGAUGGACCGCACUACACUAUGCAUCAUUUAAUUGCAGCCUGAAAGCGUUACAUAUUUUGAUUCCUAAAAUUGAAGAACUCAAUGCAAGGACAGAUACAGGAUCCACACCGUUGCAUAUAGCAGUUGAGAAUAAUCAGUGUCAUUGUAUACCAAUUCUAUCACAAGGCGGAGUAGAUGUGAACUCGAGACGACACGACAUGUUCACGCCCCUACAUAUUGCUUCGGCUUUGGGAUUCACCACAUGCAUUUUAGCUCUUCUGGCGGAAAAAGCAAAUCCUAACCUGAAAGACAGAAACGGAUGGACUCCCUUACAUGUAACGGCAGAGAAGAACCAUUGCCAGAACAUACGAGUCCUGAUUGAGGGCGGCGCCGAUGUGAAUUCAACGCGAGACGACAUGUUCACACCGCUACACGUAGCAGCUC